AUGAUCAGAGGGGACCAGAGGUCGGCCAUGGAGAAAGUAAAAGGUCCCGCCGUGGGAUGCACCACUGCAACCUGUGGAUGGAGAUCCCUGCUUCUCCCACAGCUCAACAGACAGUCCCUGUACAUGUACGGCAGCGAGGUGGCCGUGGAGACGGAGUGCAUGCGGCAGCUGCAGAGCGGAGUCUUUGUCAUUCACCCGUUCAGCCUCAUGAGGAGUUACUACAUUAUGGUCAUGAUGGCCAUCACAUUUCUGAACCUGAUUGGGAUUCCCAUGGAGAUAGCCUUCCUGGAUGGAAACAGUGGAAUGGCAUGGGAAGGUUUUAACGUGUUUUCAGACACGCUGUUCCUGAUAGAUGUAGCUCUGAAUUUCCGAAUGGGCAUCAUAGCGGAGGACGGCGAGGAAGCUAUUCUGGAUAUUAAGCGAAUCCGAGUGUGUUACCUGAGGACAUGGUUCAUACCGGAUGUUAUAGCUGCUUUCCCGAUCGGCUACAUACUGCUGUUUGCGGAUUUACAGUACCACAAUGAUGACAACCCUUCCAAGACCAACAAAAUGAUGAGGAUACUGAUGUUUGUGCGGAUCCUCAGCUUGAUCAGGCUUGCUCGAGUGUCCAGACUGGUCAGGUUCUUCAAUGAGGUGGAGAAAGUGUCAAAUGCAAACUUGGAGGUGGUCCGUCUGUUCUUCCGCAUCUUAUCUCUAUUCAUGAUGAUUUUCCUGUUGUGUCACUGGAACGGCUGCAUCCAGUACUUUGUGCCCAUGUUGGAAGAGUUUCCCUCUGACUGCUGGGUCCGGAAAGAAAACCUGAUGAACGCCACAGUGAGCGUGAAGUAUUCUUGGGGAGUUUUCCGCGCUCUCUCCCAGAUGAUCGCUCUCUCCUAUGGCUCCAUGGAUGCUCCAACAAAUUAUGUUGAAAUGUGGAUCGUCAUGGUCAGCAUGGUGUCCGGCUGUCUGAUGUAUACCGUCCUUGUGGCCAACGCUACCACCAUGAUAGCCAGCACCGAUCCGGCAGCAAAGGAGUACAAGAGCAAGAUGAGCCGUUUGGAGCACUACAUGACCUUCAUGAAGCUCCCACCAGAGCUGCAGCUUCGUAUCAGCAACUACUACCAGGCCCGCUACGGAGGGAAAUGGUUUGAUGAGAGGGACGUCAUGGACACGGUGUCUUCAUCACUCAAAGAGCAAAUCCUGGAGGUGAUGUGCAGCCGGCUUCUGAGAAAAGUGCCAAUUUUUCAGAGUAGAGACGAAAACUUCAUCAACGCCAUCCUCCAGAAAUUGGAUUACGAUGUUUUCCAGGAGGGAGACGUCAUCGUGCGACAGAACGUCCCGGGAGACCGCAUGUUCUUCAUCGAUCACGGCCAGGUCCUCAUGGAGACCGAUUCCUACGAGAAGGAGCUGUGUGACGGAGACUUUUUCGGAGAGACAUGUGUGCUGACCAAAGGCAAACAUCUGGCCACAGUGAAGGCGCUGACCGACUGCCAGUGCUUCUCUCUGUCCUGGGACGACUUCCAUGAUGCGCUGCAGGGCUUCCCAGAAGUCAAAAAGGACGUCGAAAAAAUGGUUCUGCUCAACUCUGAUGGCGGACAUGUAUAA